GUCCAGUUCACCGUUAUCCCAAGCUUCAUGCAUAAAUAGCGUGCACCCGUCCCGCCCAUCCCCUUUAACCCACGUCUCGUACUCUCGCCCCUCUCAUUCACCACCCAUACUCUCACCAUAAUGUCGCUCUGGGGCCCCCCUCCGCCGCCGAAGACCAAGCUCGGCCGCUACCGCCAGCUCUCGAAGCUCGCGGGCGUGCACGUCUCGCCGCUCCAGCUCGGUGCGAUGAGCAUCGGCGACAAGUGGGCGCAGUACGGCAUGGGUGCGAUGGACAAGGAGGCGUCGUUCAAGCUCCUUGACGCCUUUUACGACGCCGGCGGGAACUUUAUCGACACUGCGAACAACUAUCAGGAUGAGAGUUCAGAGGAGUUCAUCGGCGAAUGGGCGGAGAAGCGGGGCAUCCGCGACCAACUCAUCAUCGCCACCAAGGCAACUGCCUCAAAGCUAACGCCCGCGCAGUACACCACCAACUACAAACGCGGUCAAGACGCCAUCGCGAUCAAAGCCAACUACACAGGGAACAACGUCAAAUCCAUGCUCAUCUCCGUCACCGACUCCCUCCGGAAACUCCGCACCUCAUACAUCGACAUCCUCUACGUGCACUGGUGGGACUGGGACACGUCCAUUGAGGAGGUCAUGGACGGGCUGCACACACUCGUAUUGCAGGGCAAAGUCCUGUACCUGGGCAUCAGCGACUCCCCCGCGUGGGUCGUCGCGCAGGCGAACCAGUACGCGCGCGACGCGAAGAAGACGCCGUUCUGCGUGUAUCAGGGCGCGUGGAACGUCAUGGCGCGCGACUUUGAGCGCGACAUCAUCCCGAUGGCGCGCCAGUGGGGCAUGGCGCUCGCACCGUGGAACGUUUUGGCUGCGGGCAAGAUCCGCACGGACGCGGAGGAGGAGCGCAGGCGCCAGACGGGCGAGAAGGGACGGAUGGCGAUGGACCCUAACUGGGAACGGAAUGAGGACGAGAAGAAGGUAUCGCGCGCGCUGGAGAAGGUCGCCGGGGAGGUGGGUGCGAAGAGUAUCACGGCUGUCGCCAUCGCAUACGUGAUGCACAAGGCGCCCUACGUCUUCCCCAUCAUCGGCGGGAGGAAGAUCGAGCACCUCAUGGACAACAUCCAGGCGCUCGACAUCUCCCUCUCCGACGAGCAGAUCGCCUACAUCGAGAGCAUCAUCCCCUUCAAUCCCGGCUUUCCCUCUUGGUUCAUCGGGGAUGGGACCAAGCCCAGCAUGCUCAUGGCGAGCACGGCUCACUUUGAUAGAGUUGACCCUCCCAAGCCGAUUCGGCCCCUGUAG